AUGGCGGCGGCGGCAGGCGUGGUGUUCGACGCGGAGGUGCUGAGCCGGGAGGAGCGCAUCCCGGCGCAGUUCGUGUGGCCCGCCGAGGAUCGGGCGCCGUCGGGCGGCGGCGUCGGCGGCGUGGAGGAGAUCGCCAUCCCCGUGGUCGACCUGGGCCGGUUCCUCCGCCGCGGGGAGGCAGGCCUGGACGAGCUCCUGCGCGGCGUGGCGGAGGCGUGCGAGCGCCACGGCUUCUUCCAGGUGGUGAACCACGGCGUUCGCGCCGCGCUGCUCGCCGAUGCCUACCGCUGCCUCGACGCCUUCUACGCGCGCCCGCUCGCCGACAAGCAGCACGCGCAGCGACGCCCUGGGAGUCCCACGGCUACGCCAGCAGCUUCACAGGCCGCUUCCGCUGCUGCCUGCCGUGGAAGGAGACGCUCUCCUUCAACUGCCCCGCCGGCGCCGGCGCCGGGACCGAGCGCGCCGCCGCCGUCGUCGACUACUUCGUCGACGUCCUCGGCGAGGACUACCGCCACAUGGGGUACUUACAAUCGUGUCAAAACCCCUGCAUAUAUAGCCAUAGUGGAGGUGUACCAGGAGUACUGCGACGAGAUGGCGCGGCUGGCGCUGGACGUGACGGAGGUGCUGGCGGCGGCGCUGGGCCUGCGCCGCAGCGCGCUGCGCGGGUUCUUCGACGGCGGCGACUCCAUCAUGCGGCUGAACCACUACCCGGCGUGCCGGCAGCCGCACCUGACGCUGGGGACGGGCCCGCACCGGGACCCGACGUCGCUCACGCUGCUGCACCAGGACGACGUGGGCGGGCUGCAGGUGCGCCCCGCCGGCGGGAACGGGGAGUGGCGCGCGGUGCGGCCCCGCGCGGACGCGUUCGUGGUCAACAUCGGGGACACCUUCGCCGCGCUCACCGACGGGCGCCACGCCAGCUGCCUCCACCGCGCCGUGGUGAGCGGUGACUGCGCCCGCAGGUCGCUCGCCUUCUUCCUCAACCCGCCGCUGGACCGCGUCGUCCGCCCGCCGGACGCGCUCCUCCAGCUCCAGGAGGAGAAGGGCCACCGCCCGCGCGCGUUCCCGGACUUCACGUGGCGCGAUUUCCUCGAGUUCACGCAGAAGCACUACCGGUCGGACGCGAGCACCAUGGACGCCUUCGUGUCGUGGACCUCCACCGGAGGCCGCGGCGACGAUGGCCAUGCGGGACAGGAGGGUAAGUGA